AUGAACUUCAACUUCAACAUGAAAAGCCUUCCAAAGUUCCAGCCACCCAAGGGUGGCGUUGGCGGAAUUGGUACUCUACUAGUCGGUGGCAUUGCAUUAUACGGUGCCCUCAACUCUCUUAUAAAUGUUGAGGGAGGUCAUAGAGCUAUUGUGUUUAACAGGUUCACUGGUAUCAAGAGCAAGAUUUAUAAUGAAGGAACACAUUUCAUUAUCCCUUGGAUUGAGAGACCAGAGCUCUACGAUGUUAGAGCAAAGCCCAGAACUAUAUCAUCUUUGACUGGAAGCAAAGAUCUUCAGAUGGUCAAUGUUACAAUCAGAGUACUGUCAAAGCCAAGCGUCAAGGACCUGCCAGAGAUCUACAGGACACUUGGCAAGGACUAUGAUGAGAGAGUGCUCCCAUCGAUUGUCAACGAGGUGCUAAAGAGCAUCGUCGCACAGUUCAAUGCUUCACAGCUGAUCACUCAAAGAGAACAAGUCAGUCGUUUGAUUUACAAACGUUUGGUCGAUCGUGCAAGAGACUUCCACAUCGAACUUGAUGAUGUCUCAAUCACCCAUUUGAGCUUUGGAAAGGAGUACGCUGCAGCUAUUGAGGCCAAGCAGGUGUCACAGCAAGAGGCAGAGAGAGCUCGUUUCUUGGUGGAGAAGGCUUUGCAGGACAAGAGGAGUAUCAUUGUCAAGGCAGAGGGAGAGGCCCAGUCUGCCAAGUUGAUCAGUGAGUCGAUCAAGCAGAAUCCAGCUUUCCUCCAGCUCAGAAAGAUUGAGGCCGCUCGUGAGAUUGCCGCGAUCAUGGCCAAGUCACCCAACAGAAUAUUCAUCAGCAGCGACUCCCUCCUACUGAACCUCAACGGCGAGCCAUCAGCUGACCAACCACAACAGUAA